AUGUUGGCGGACGACGCGGAAGCAGGCGCCGAGGACGAGAAGGAAGUCGAGGAACUGAAGAAGCAGGGCAUCAACCCCCUGCCCAAACCGCCCCCCGGGGUGGGCCUCCUGCCCACCCCGCCUCGGCCCCCUGGCCCCCCUGCCCCGACCUCUCCCAACGGCAGGCCCAUGCCGGGCGGCCCCCCGCCCCCGCCCCCGCCCCCGCCUCCGCCCCCCGGGCCCCCGCAGAUGCCCAUGCCGGUGCAUGAGCCGCUGUCCCCGCAGCAGCUGCAGCAGCAGCAGGACAUGUACAACAAGAAGAUCCCCUCCUUGUUUGAGAUCGUGGUGCGGCCCACGGGACAGCUGGCCGAGAAGCUGGGUGUGAGGUUCCCUGGACCCGGAGGACCCCCCGGGCCAAUGGGCCCUGGGCCCAAUAUGGGACCCCCAGGGCCGAUGGGGGGCCCAAUGCACCCGGACAUGCACCCCGACAUGCACCCAGACAUGCAUCCUGACAUGCACCCGGACAUGCACCCGGACAUGCCGAUGGGCCCUGGCAUGAACCCUGGCCCGCCCAUGGGACCCGGUGGCCCCCCCAUGAUGCCUUACGGCCCUGGAGACUCCCCACAUUCUGGAAUGAUGCCCCCCAUCCCACCAGCCCAGAACUUCUAUGAAAACUUCUACCAGCAGCAGGAAGGCAUGGAGAUGGAGCCGGGACUCAUGGGGGACGCAGAGGACUACGGGCACUACGAAGAGCUGCCGGGGGAGCCUGGGGAGCACCUCUUCCCCGAGCACCCUCUGGAGCCCGACAGCUUCUCUGAGGGAGGGCCCGCAGGCCGGCCGAAGCCGGGCGCCGGUGUCCCCGACUUCCUGCCCUCAGCCCAGAGGGCCCUGUACCUGAGGAUCCAGCAGAAGCAGCAGGAGGAGGAAGAGAGAGCGAGGAGGCUGGCUGAGAGCAGCAAGCAGGACCGGGAGAAUGAGGAAGGUGACCCUGGAAACUGGUACUCGAGCGACGAGGACGAGGGUGGGAGCAGCGUCACCUCCAUCCUUAAGACCCUGAGGCAGCAGACGUCCAGCCGACCGCAGGUCUCUGCCGGGGAGCUGAGCGGCGGCGGGCUGGGGGACCCCCGCCUCCAGAAGGGACACUCCACGGGAGGCCGGCUGGCCGACCCCCGCCUCAGCCGGGACCCCAGGCUCUCGCGCCACGCCGAGGCCUCCGGCGGGUCGGGCCCAGGCGACGCGGGGCCCUCCGACCCUCGGCUGGCUCGCUCCCUGCCCGGCCCGAAGCCCGAGGGCGGCCUCCAUUCCAGCCCCGCAGGCCCCAGCGGCUCCAAGGGGCCCGGGCCGCCCCCCGCGGACGAGGAGGACGGGGAGCGGGCCCUGCGGGAGAAGGCCGCGAACAUCCCCCUGGACCCCCUCCCCGGGCACCCGCUGCGGGACCCGCGGUCGCAGCUGCAGCAGUUCAGCCACAUCAAGAAGGAUGUGACCCUGAGCAAGCCGAGCUUCGCCCGCACCGUGCUGUGGAACCCCGAGGACCUGAUCCCCCUGCCCAUCCCCAAGCAGGAGGUGGUGCCCCCCGUUCCCGCCGCCCUGCAGUCCAUGCCCGCCCUGGACCCCAGGCUGCAUCGGGCCUCCACCGUGGGCCCCUCCAACCCCCGGCCGCGCUCAGGCCCCUCCACGGACCCCGGCUCGGCCGGCUCCAGCCUGCCCGACUUCGAGCUCCUCUCGCGCAUCCUCAAGACUGUCAGCGCCACCGGCCCCUCCGCUGCCCCCGGCCCCGGCGACAAGCCCAGCGACCCCCGGGUUCGGAAGCCCCCCACUGACCCCCGGCUGCAGAAACCGGCAGACUCCGCUGCCUCCUCCCGGGCCGCCAAGCCUGGCCCUGCUGAAGCCCCCUCUCCGGCCGCCAGCCCCAGCGGGGAGUCCUCGCCCCCCGCCACCGCCCCCUACGACCCCCGCGUGCUGGCGGCCGGGGGGCUGGGCCAGGGCAGCGGGAGCGGGCAGAGCAGCGUGCUGAGCGGCAUCAGCCUCUACGACCCCAGGACUCCCAGCGCCGGAGGGAAAGCCUCGGAGCCCGCUGCCGACGGGGCCGCCCAGCCCAAGGGCCCCGAGGGCAAUGGCAAGAGCGCGGCUGCCAAGGCCAAGGAGCCCCCGUUCGUCCGAAAGUCCGCCCUGGAACAGCCCGAAGCGGGGAAGCCCGCUGCCGACGGGGCCGCCGCCACAGCCACGGACAGAUACAACAGCUACAACCGGCCCCGGCCCAAGGCCGCCGCGCCCCCCGCCGCGGGCACCCCGCCACCAGAGGGCGCCCCGCCCCAGCCCGGUGUGCACAACCUGCCAGUGCCCACCCUCUUCGGGACCGUGAAGCAGGCGCCCAAGACGGGCUCCGGGAGCCCAUUUGCUGGCAACAGCCCCGCCCGGGAGGGCGAGCAGGACGCGGGGUCCCUGAAAGAUGUUUUCAAAGGCUUUGACCCCACCGCCUCCCCCUUCUGCCAGUAG